AUGCCACUGACAAAGCAUCGUCCUGGAGAAGUGGAAGCAGAGGCCAGCAAUAGGCCUCCGCUGCGAGGAAUCCAAACAGAUGACUUGAGCCACUUCACGGGGGCCCAUGGAGGCGAAGAUCUGAGCCUGGAGGAACAGACUGCUGUCCUACAGGCAAUGACGCUCGAGUCCCCUCCCGGGAUCCAGUCACCUCAGUCUCUAUCACCCUAUCCAUCUCCUGGAAUUGUUCAGUCGCCUACGAGCCUUUCGACCGAAUCCGGCUUUCAAACCCACGGUUCGGCAUCCACGCCCACAACUCCUAUCACGCCUCUUUCUCCACCAGCUCAGAAUUCCUCUCCAUCUCAGUCAAAAUUUGUAUCAGCCUUGCAAGAUGUCCGACAUUUUGCUGGUGGUCUGAUCAAUCAUCCCUACGAGUCUACCAAGCACUACACGAUCCUACGGCAUUCCUUUGGGAUAGUCUACUACAGCGGUUCGUCGACAAAUUUGGCCAUCACGAUCUUCUCCGACCGAGAGCUAGCUCCAGAUAGGACACUGUGGCUACAGCGAAGAGGCUUCUCCGGAAAGACGGGUUUGAAGAUCGGGGGCAUCCUGGGUGCCAGAAGCACCUGGAUUGAUGUGACCCCAUCCACCAGAGCGACGCCGGAGCAAGUCAACCCCACCGACGAACGCGCCUGGCAGAGAGACAUCAAGAAGUUUUUGAAGAAAGCUCCGAAAGAACUUCGAUCUCAUCGACCACGCGAGACGGACAUCCUCCGAAUCCCGUGUGAUGCCGACGAUGGCUAUCUGAGGGUGGUCCUGUGCUCUGCCGAUGGAAAGCGGACAUUGUGCGGUAGCCCAGUGUUCAGACUAGCAUCCUUCUCAACAGACUCUAGCGUGAUCAGAGGCUCAUCCCUCAAGAGCAUGCCACUCGAAGCAGGCAUCAAGCUAGCAAAUGUUGUUGGAAAACAAUUCAUCACCGCUACUGCUGGCCCCUACGUCCAAACUGCCAGACAGACAGUCACUAAUCAGCUGACAUCAGUCUAUCAACCAAGUGCUUUGGCUCAGCAGGCAUUCACUACCGCGUAUGAUGAGAGUGGAAUUCCAAAUCGCUUUGACAACAUGAAUGAGCAGUAUUACACUGCUCGAGAUGAGUCUUAUAGUCGGACCGACCUGGAUGGGUACGAUGCAUUGGCCCGCCCAAACGUUGUCGGCCCAGCGACCGGCCCAGUCCCGCCAUUUCCGGUACGGUUCCAUGGAAAGGUGGUUGCCGGCACCGGCAGGAGUAGAGCCGUCUUGAACAUGCCGACAGCCAACUUGACAGGCAUUCCCGAGGACGUUCUUUUGCGGUAUAAAGGCGUAUUCUUUGGGUGGGCUGCAGUGAACUUGCCCAGCAAGCUUGCGGCGGAAAAAGAUAUCUCAGAUGAAUGGCGUCAAGCAAUCAUUUUCAUCUCGCCAGACCCUUAUGGAAGGAGGACUGUGGUAGAGAAGAACACUGCCCGUGUGUACCUGAUUCAUGAUUUCCAAUCGGUCGACUUCGUUGACGCCAAAGUGUCUGUGCUGGUGAUGGGUUAUCUGCGAGCUCUAGAGCCCGGGUCAGACAAGGAGCUGCAUGUUGAAGCACAGCUGUUUGAUUUCUACAAAGACGUCGCCAUUACGAAUGCAAGUUUGGCUCGACCCGCCUGGGCAGCAGAUGCCACAUUAGAGCGCGUCAAGUCAGCAUCCUCCAAUCGAUCUUUGACGGAACGCUAUGUUGAUUUCAGGCAGAGCACACAGAGGCAAAUCGACCGGGUCCCUGUUCACCGGUUAGGGGUCCGGACAGAGGGAGCAACUCUGAAGGACAGAUUGAUUGGAAAUGGCGGAGUGUGGAUUCCAAGAUCACCUCUAACGCAUAACGCUACUUCUUGA